CUUGAGGUGACGUUGCUGAGGUCGUUAUGUCUGGACGAGGCAAACAAGGAGGUAAGGCUCGCGCUAAGGCUAAGACCCGGUCUUCGCGGGCCGGGCUUCAGUUCCCCGUGGGCCGAGUGCACCGCCUGCUUCGUAAAGGUAACUACGCCGAGCGGGUCGGGGCCGGCGCGCCGGUGUACCUGGCGGCGGUGCUGGAGUACCUAACGGCCGAGAUCCUGGAGCUGGCAGGCAACGCGGCCCGCGACAACAAGAAGACGCGUAUCAUCCCGCGCCACUUGCAGUUGGCCAUCCGCAAUGACGAGGAGCUCAACAAGCUGCUCGGCAAAGUCACCAUCGCGCAGGGCGGCGUCCUGCCCAACAUCCAGGCCGUGCUGCUGCCUAAGAAGACCGAGAGCCAUCAUAAGACCAAAUAAGUAACAAGAGCAUUCGCGGUUGCUGGUCUGAGGCUACGCCACAAGCCUGAGAUAUUCCCACAUUGAGAAGAAGAAAACCGAAAUACCACGAGGCAUAUACUUCAAGAGGAAUCGAAUCAGCGACCUUGACAUUAUAAAAACAAUAAAUACCCUAACCAAGUGAGCAACUUGCCAUGAAGAGGAAUGAUGUUUUUACAUUUCAGAAGUAUAAACUAUAUCAAAGCAUUAUUGCCUGAAGUUUUUUCCAGAAUGAUGCAAGACAUUUCCUCAUUCUCCCAGUUUCCUCUUCCCCUAAAUACAUCCACCUUACCUCAUUCAAUUUUCUUUAAAAGCUCUCCAUCCUGACUCUGGUACUUUAUUUCUUUAAAAAGAAAUACACACAAUCAAAUCUUUCAGUGGUAGUGAUAUUAGGAUUGUCUGUAAUUGGAUGUACGGGUGCAAUUUCCACCGGUCAUGUGGCCUAUAGGUAGGACGGGGACGAGAAAAUGAACGUAAAGGGUAUUGGCCCGUACGGGGAUCGAACCCGCGACCUUGGCGUUAUUAGCACCACGCUCUAACCAACUGAGCUAACCGGCCGCCCCGAGGCUCAGGCCUUUACUUACAUGGUUUAAAGAUAUACCUAAUUAAAGUCGGCGGUCUUUGUAAAAUGUUUUUAAAAAUGUUCUUUUUUCUAUCAAAAAGGAAGAGACAAAUCCCAGUUGCCUGCACGGAUGAACCGUGCUUCUCCCCAGGAAAACUCAGUCUCUCAAACCGACCGAGGAAGACUCAUAUCAAUGUCCGGGAGCAACUACCUCCUUGAAACUAUUCCCAGAAGGCCUCGGGAAACGCGAAGCCCCUGCAAGCCUGAGAUGGUGGCGGGCGGAUCACGGAGCACAGAGCAGGGCUUGGUGGACUCGGCUUCCGCGCACGGGGUGCGGAUUCUCGGCUCUUGGAGGUCAUACCGGGCGGGUCAUCUCUUCCCAGAGGCCUUUAGCCGCUUGGCUUCAGGAUGGUUCCGCAGUCGCCUUUAAGCUAAAUCUGUAGCCGUUCGUCCGGAGCGGAGUAAGACAGGGACCUUACGCUGCAAUGUCAGCCAUAGGCCACUUGGUGGCGCCCGAGUGCAGGGCUGAGGACUGAGGCAAAAGGACUGUGAAGACCGCCCCCCUCCUGAACCUCUGACCCCUCCCCAUGCCCCCCAGAUCACCAAAUCUAUGACAAGGGAAGUCGAGACCACAGCGAGUCCGGAGUCAGGGCCUUGUUCCGGACCAGGGAGAAACACCGGAAUCUGAGAGGAGUAGGGGAACUGAAGCCAAGGUCAGGCAACUCAGAGGAAGGAGUUGGGAAACCUUUGCCCUUUUGAGCCUGGCCUGAUCCACCUGCAAGCGGGCGUCAACGAUGUCAGGGACCAGUAGAGCAGCGAAUUUCUGCUUGCUUUCUUUUCUCUGUUGGACCCUACAACCCUCUCUCUCUCUCUCUUUUUUUUUUUUUUUUGUAUCUGAAGUUAAUUGACUCGUUUUAUAUAUAUAUAGUAUAUCGAGUAAGAUUUGAAAGACUAUUCGAAAGAGAGCUAUUUCUUUUAAUGAGGCAAGUUAACUAUGCAUUUACUUGUUUUACAUUAUGCAAUUUAUAAAUUUUGUUUUUAAUUGUUUAAAAAGCUGUAAGAUGGUAUUUCUUAUCUUUAGUACAUUUCUUUAACUUUGUAUCAGCAUCCACCAUAUGAACUAGUAGCUGUCUUCAUUUUCUUUGUCCUCUAGUAAAAAUUCGGUGGAAAGUGUGUGGAAAAACCAAUUUUUAAAAUUUAAUUGUAUGUAUUUAUUUAUUUUUAUUAAAAAAAUUUUUUACUACAGUACUUUAUCUGUAGUCUUUCCCCCUCCCUUUGUGUUUUACUGCCACUCUCCCGGAUUUCCAAACCUUGAGAAACCUCUCUCUGCUUAACAGCCAGAAUGUCAGCUGUUUGGGUGACUGGGCAUUCUCUUUUCUCUCCUGUCCUCCCCCAGGUUUCUUUGGCUGUGAGAUCUCUCUCCAUUCAGUAAGCCUUGGAGAGAUUUCUCUCAGCUCUCCAGUCCUGGCUGUUGGCAGCUGAAACACAAAGUGCUGUUUGCUCUUCGUUUUCCUGCCGUGCUCCCCAACUUCAGAAUGUUUUGAACUUGAGAGUGCCUCAGUGGGUAUUUCCACUUUCUAGCCUUUUCCCUCACCCCCUUUUGACUUACUCUCCUCAUCAGAGACAAUCAGAACUGGUUUUGGCUACUUGAAAUUCUGUUUGGGUCAAGCAAGCCCACAAGCAAACCUUAAAAAUGUCUAAGUUUCUUCUGGUUUCUCCUAAUCUGGUCUUCACAGGAUUUUCCUCCUCUGUGCC